UGAGAUAGCGCAUAUUUUUUUGCUAGCAUCUUUAACAUCCAUCCACUCAUAAAGCUGUGAAAGCAAAGAAUCCUUCUUACACAGUGGGACCUUGUAUGUCAAAGCUAAACCUGAAGAAAAGCUUGGCUUAGGGCUUUUCUGUUUAAAGCUUCUCUAUUUUUCCCAUUGUAUCAGUCAAUCAAAUAAAACACCUCCUCUUCAUAAACUUUGCAAAACUAAACAGAUACUCCACAGCAAGGCUUGCCACCUGGCAAUCUUCAACUUGGCUGUAGCUAAUCAUGCCAGUUACAAACCACACCCUGUACUUCUACCCCUCAUAACCUGAGUAAUGCUAUUGACUUGCAUUAUAUUGCUUGAAUAUGGAAUGAAAGACAAGUCAUGCGUGGAUUUGUUAGCAUUUCUUUCACAUGGUACGUUUCCAGGACCUUUUAUUUGUUCACAGUGCAUAACAGCAGAAUCAGAAGCAAUCAGGGAUGUAUAUUAGCUGGAGCAUGGGACUGGUUAAAAUUGGUAACUAAUGGUUUGUUUGUUUAGCUUGAGUGGGAAUAUAAAGGUUAAACAACACUGGCUGCUACUGGAGCCUGACCAACACCCACAAAUUUCUCUGUUCCUCAUGGGACUGAAGUGAUGGCAGUGGACUCUCGCCUGCUAGGAAGAUGAUGGCUGUAGUACAGUAGGAGAGACUUGCCGUUCACGUACAGGAAAAAUGAGUAACUAAAAUUGGAAUUUCACGCUAUUACAAAAUAAACAGUCAAACAAUUGCUGUUAUUUGUUAUUAAUCAUGUUAUUAUGGUUAAUAUUGCUGUUGUGGAAAAUUUGUGCCUCUGAGCCAACGUGCAGCAGCUGAACAGAUAGAUACCGCCUUGCACCGCAGAGAAAAGCGAUGAUCAUGGAAACCAUCUUGUGUGGCAGCACCGGUGGGUUACGUGGGCCCCAGGCAACAACCAUCCCUCAGUGCAGAUGUGUCCGCUACGAGCAAGCGGGGAUCACCAGAGCGACGCUUCCCGAGGGCACGCAGUAGGGAUUUUGGUGACAGCAGGACAGUCACAGGCCAGUUGUGAGGUACAUGUAAGGGGAUCCAACGCGGGUUCCCUUCACUGGAGGUCCUGUGCUCGCCAUCUUGAGCCUUGCCUCGGACCUGUCACCGACACCCAGUCAAUGUCACCCCAACGAAAUCACCGGCGCUGAGGGGGGCACAGAUGCCUUGGCCAGCAGGACGGAGGGUGUUAGGUGCCCCGUUGUUUGUGCCAGUGCCGUUCCGAGGUACGGUACGUGGACCCUACAGGCACCAACGUAUGGCUGCGGGGGGCGGGAGGGCGACGGACCGCGCCCCGCCCGCGGGCGGCCCAACGGCGGCGGCGGCCCCGGCCAUGGAGCGGCUGCGGGCGGAGGCGGCGGCGCUGGAGGAGUUCGCCGAGUACCGGAGAAUUGUAGGUGAUGAUGACGGAGGAAAAAUCUUUACCCCUGAGGAAUAUGAGGAGUACAAAAGAAAAGUAUUACCCAUUCGGUUACAGAACAGGUUGUAUGUGAGCUGGAGAUCACCAACUGGCAUGGACUGUAAGCUUGUUGGACCAGAGACACUGUGCUUUUGUACUCACCGGUAUAAACAACACAAAACGGACUACGAAGUGAUUCCUAAGGACCGUCCUAUUUGUGUUCCGUGUCGAGUGAGCCGCUGUCAGUGCCAGUCCUAUCACUACGUUCCUCUAAACGGCACACAGCCCAUCCGCUGUAGAUGCAAACACUUUGCUGAUCAGCACAGUGCAGCGCCUGGAUUUUCGUGCAACUCUUGUUCCAAGUGUUCGGGAUUUCACAGUUGCUUUACCUGUGGAUGUGGUCAGCCAACGUAUGCACACGAAACAGUAGUGGAAACUAAACAAGAGCGGUUAGCCCAAGGAAAGCCUGUGGGUCAAGACGUUCCUUAUGCUGCUAUGGGGGGACUGACUGGUUUUAGCUCACUAGCAGAGGGCUACGUGAGGCUUGAUGACAGCGGAAUAGGAGCUCCUUCUGCUGAACUUCUAGAAUCCCCUGUAACCAGCAUGGAUCAUCCAUUUCUAAAAGCAUUUCAGGGACCUUCUAGUUCUACUCAAAACAUCUCACAGAUAGCAGGUUGUUCUACUGCCAUGAUGCAAGUGUCUCAUGAAGGGCGUUCAGAAGAAGAUGACAUGGCUUAUUUUGAAAAACGUUAUCAGGAACGGCUGAAAAAGGAGAAGGCUGCUAAACAAACGGAGAAAAGUCCAGUGCGAUCAAAGAAGCCAUGAGAUUAAUGAGGAAAUAUUUAUUAUGUGGAACAGUGCUAAUUGUUGUACUGAAGAGUAUUUUUCACUGCACCUGCUUUUACUUCAUUUCUUUAUUUGGUUUUGUUCUAUUGCUGAAAUUGAUUUUUAAUUAACUUGUUGUAAUAAAAUUGGCACUUUGAUUAAAGAGUUUCUAGUCUCUGGAAUUGUUAUGUAGAUACUCCUUUGAAAAUGGAAAAUCAUAUUUCAAGGUUUACCGAACUGUUAUUUAAGUACUGAGAGAAUAAGAACGUUUUAAAAUAUUACAUUGUAAUAGGGUAAAGAAAAUAUAUGUCCGUUAGACUUUUAUGAUGUAGUUUAUUUAUAGAAUCCUUACAACUCAUCUUUUUCAUGGAUUUUUAAUGGUUGUGUUUGUUCUGUUAAUACUGACAUUUUAAUCUUAAAUCUUUUUUUUUUUUUCAUUUAUGUUGGUUUAAUUUCCUUUGCAUAAAAUUCAAACAUACCUUUUUUUGUCUGUCACACUUCUCUAGGCUCUGUUCAUGACAAUGUAUAAGUAGUUGUUACACAUGAAGUUCUGUAUGUCCAUAAAACUAUUGCCACACAUACUUACUAGGUACUUGAAGGGAUUUUGCUGCCUGUUUUAUCCCAGAUUUCUGUAGGGAUUCAGUACCAUUCUCGUGAUUCUGUUUGUCUGAUACUAUUGUAACAGUGACUCCAUUACAAUGAACUUUUGAAAACAUUACAUGGAAAUUCACAUGCUAUUUACUGCACAUAAACAAACAGUUAUACAUUAUUUAUAUAAACUUCCUUAACCAACAGAUUCUCUUCAUCAUGUCUGAUCCAAUACAGAGUCAGAUUCAUAGUGUGUGAUCCAAUACAGAGUCCCUCAAGAUGGGAGAUGUCCUCUUAUUUUCUUUGCACACAUUCACAGCUCUGGCAGCAAAUAUUGUAUUAAAGGUUGUGAACAUUUGUGUGAAAAUUUAAAGUUUGGUAACUUUGUGUGACGUUCUAAAUCUGUGAAGCAGCAUAGUACAGAGUGAGUACCUGGCUGAGGCUGCAAUAUGGUUGGAAUUAGGAGGUGAAAACAGUGCCCGAGUCCACUUUGCUAGGCUCCCUUGAAAACAGGAAGGUGUAAGUCAGUUUGUCCUUAAACGUACUUGAAGAUGUCUCUUGGAUCGAAGACUUUCCAGGUGGUAUGUGUGUACUGAGACUUCAUAGCAUGGGUUGGGAGAAACUUUAAAAGCUUUGAUUCUUGUCAGAGAACUGAUGCCACUGUGAUGCCUCUAUGUGCCUUAUUGGCAGAGGAAAUGAGGUGAAGUUGAAUGCAUUUAGGUAACUUGCUUUUUUUAUUCAAAUAGCAGCUGUGGGAAGGAAGACAGGCUCUUGGGAGCGCAUGCGGGUCAUACAGUGGCUGAUGGGAGUGCAAAGGGAAUAAGGACUUGAUUGCCCAAAUUCAAUCAGGGGUAACAGCCAUUUACCUUCACUUAACUCUGAGCUAUGCUGCCAUUCACUACUAGUGAUACCAAACAGAGAGGUUAAUCUGUUAUCUUAAUUUAGAUAAACAAUAUAUCGAAGUGUAUACUGAAUGUU